GUCAAUUGACCAUCUGACGCUGCUCCGAAGUCUGUCUGCUUUGCCCUUUGGCCUUUAUUCUCUACUACAUCAUCCAACUUUUCCAGUUGGUUGCGAUUCUCCUUUCCCCUCCUCCAUUUACCCGGGCAUAACACUCUUCUCUAUUCCAUCCAUUCCCACAGACAGUUAAAUUUGGUUACGUUCGUUCUUCGAAUUAUUGUCUCUUAUCCCUUCGCCCCCUCUCAGUCUCAAUACUUGUGUAUGUGUGUGUGUGUCUGUGUUCUAUUCUUCCAACAGAUGCUAUAGAUCUUUUUAGACAAAGAAAAGCUAUCACCAAGCUCCUUCUCGCUUCCCGACCUCUCUUCGUCCGCCCAGAAUAUACCGGAAAGAAAUUCGUCAAUAUGGCCGCUGCAAACGGCUCCUCUAAUCCGCCCGUGGGCCAGGAAAAGAUCAACACGGACAUCAUCUCUCUCACACGCUUCCUGACAGAGGAGCAAUCGAAACACCCUGAAGCAACGGGCGACUUCACCCUUCUUUGCCAUGCGCUCCAGUUCUCCUUCAAAUCCAUCUCGUACUACAUCCGACGCGCCACUUUGAUCAACCUCACCGGCCUAGCAGGUUCCUCUAAUACUACCGGCGACGACCAGAAGAAGCUGGACGUCAUCGGAAACGACUUGUUCAUCGCGGCCAUGCGCGGAUCAGGCAAGUGCCGCAUCCUUGUCUCUGAAGAGGAGGAGGAAGCCAUCAUUUUCAACGAGAGCCCCGAUGCGCGAUAUGCUGUUGUCUGCGACCCGAUUGAUGGCUCCUCCAACCUCGAUGCGGGUGUGUCCGUCGGUACCAUUUUCGGCAUCUUCAUGCUCCCAGACGAGGUUCUGGGCCCCAACAACACCGUCACGGCCAAGGAUGUCCUCCGUCCCGGCACUGAACUCGUUGCCUCCGGCUUCACCAUGUACGGCGCCUCGGCUCAGCUCGUCAUUACCAUGAAGGGCGGCACGGUCAAUGGCUUCACAAUGGAUGCUCUCUGGGCGAGUUCAUCUCUGGGCGAGUUCAUCCUGACCCACCCCGACAUGCGUCUCCCCGCCAAGCGCGCGAUCUACAGUGUCAAUGAAGGAAACUCCUUGUACUGGGAUGACUGGGUGCUCGAGUACUUCAAGGACCUGAAAUACCCGGCUGACGGCAAACCGUACAGUUCCCGAUACAUCGGCAGCAUGGUUGCUGAUGCGUACCGGACACUGCUGUACGGAGGUGUCUUUGCAUACCCCGCCGACAAGAAGAGUCCCAAGGGCAAACUGCGUAUCCUGUACGAAUGUGCGCCUAUGGCCUUGGUGUUUGAGAACGCGGGAGGCCAGGCGCUUAAUUCGAAGAUGGAAAGAUUGCUUUCUCUCUCCCCAGAGCAUAUCCAUGACCGCAGUGGCGUCUUCUUGGGCAGCUACGACGAAAUCGAGAAGGUGAAGGCGUUCCAUCAGAAGUAUGCCAAAUAAGUUGGGUGGUUUUCCCCCUUCGUUUUUCUCUCCUUUAUUCCGGAUGUUUUAAUCCAGCGUUGUCCAACAACUUUUUAUUCAAUUUUUAUUUUUAUUUUUAUUUUUUAUGUUUAUUUUUGGCUUUCUCGUUCCGUCUAACUUCCAUCAUAUUUGAGAAUGACAUUUUGCACAGAACAAAAUGUUUCUAUAAAUGUAGCUAAGCUAGCUCGUAUAUGCUUCAUGUAAAUAGCACCUAGCAAUGAGAUAUACAGAU